CCCAAUUCAGCACGCCAAUGACGAAUCAGCAUACGUAAGCCCAUCAGGCCCAUAAAACAACUAUAUAAACGAUAUUUCAUCGUAACCUAAUUAGGGUUCUUGUGUCCGAUAUUGCGCAGCAUAUCUCUCGAAGAAAAAUCAGCAAUGGGAAGAAGACCCGCUAGGUGUUACAGGCAGAUCAAGAACAAGCCCUAUCCCAAAUCCCGAUACUGCCGUGGUGUUCCUGAUCCAAAAAUCAGGAUCUAUGAUGUUGGCAUGAAGAAGAAGGGAGUCGAUGAAUUCCCUUUCUGUGUUCAUUUGGUCAGUUGGGAGAAGGAAAACGUCUCCAGUGAGGCACUUGAAGCUGCACGUAUUGCCUGCAAUAAGUAUAUGACCAAGUUUGCAGGAAAGGAUGCUUUCCAUUUGAGGGUUAGGGUUCAUCCUUUCCAUGUGUUGCGUAUCAACAAGAUGCUUUCGUGUGCUGGAGCUGAUAGACUCCAAACUGGUAUGAGAGGUGCUUUUGGGAAACCACAGGGUGUAUGUGCCCGUGUAAGCAUCGGUCAAGUUCUUCUUUCUGUUCGAUGCAAGGAUGGUAACAGUCAGCAUGCCCAGGAGGCACUUCGUCGUGCUAAGUUCAAGUUCCCUGGUCGUCAAAAGAUCAUUGUCAGCAGGAAAUGGGGAUUCACCAAGUUUAGCCGAACUGAUUAUGUGCAAUGGAAAUCUGAGAACAGAAUCAUGUCUGAUGGUGUUAACGCUAAGCUUCUUGGAUGUCAUGGACCCCUUGCAAAUCGCCAGCCUGGGAGAGCUUUUCUAGAUGCUGUUGCUUAAGUUGGAUUUUUUAUUUGGUAUCAGGAUUUUUAGUGAAUCUAAACUCAGUUUUGUAUGUUCGCUUGAACAAGGUUUAUUUCAUCUUUUUCUAUGUUUUGGAUAUUGCAAUGAUAGAACAAUUCGUGAUUUGAAUUUUAA